AUGGAAAAGAGAACUCAGCUAAAGUUCUAUCUGAAUGGCAAGCCGAAAACCGUGUCAAAUCCAAAUACGGAAGAGACGCUCAUUGAAUAUCUGAGACGUAUCGGAUUGACUGGAACCAAAUUGGGCUGUGGUGAAGGAGGAUGUGGAUCAUGUACUGUCGUGGUAUCCUCCUAUGAUCAUAUCACGCAACGGAUCGUACACCUAUCGGUAAACUCCUGUCUCGCCCCACUAGUCUCCGUGGAAGGCAAACACGUCAUCACCGUCGAAGGAAUCGGGAACGUACACAACCCGCAUGUCGUUCAAGAAACAUUGGCAUCGUCCCAUUCGUCACAAUGUGGAUAUUGUACCCCUGGCAUUGUUAUGAGUCUUUAUGGACUGCUGAAGCAGCAUCCUGAGGCGUCCGAGUGUCAUAUUGAAGAUGCUUUUGAUGGAAACUUGUGUCGAUGUACUGGAUACAGGCCUAUACUGGAUGGUGCUAAAUCGUUGGCAAAGAAGAAGUGUAGUCAAGCUUGCGCUGUCAACGGCACAUGUCAGAGUGUCACGCCUUGCGCCGAUGAUCACUCUCAUUCUAAUGGACAUGUGAAUGGACAUGCUAAUGGCAAUGGACUUGCUAAUGGAAAUAGUCAUGCUGUGGUAUCGGAUAUUGAAGAUUUAUCACAUGGCUCAAAAGACGAUGAUUUGCCGUUCCCGCCUGCACUGCUCAAACCUUUUGCUGGAGGGUCUAGUCCCGUUUCAUACAUGUUUGAUAACGGAAAGGCGAAAUGGUAUCAUCCGGUUUCGCUGAAUGAGCUAUUGGAUAUUACGGACGCAAACCCGCAAUUCAAAAUAAUUAACGGCAACACUGAAGUCGGUAUAGAAACCCGUUUCAGAGCAUGGAAGUACCCAAUCCAAAUAUACCCAAACAGCAUUCCCGAAAUGCGUGUCAUCACUCCCUCAGAACAUGGAAUCACUAUUGGGGCUGCGACACCAUUAACUUAUCUCGCUACAUACCUCAAAGAACAAAUAUCUAUAUUACCUGCAUACAAGACACAAGGAUUCAAAGCUAUGGUCGAUAACCUGCGGUAUUUUGCUGGAAAUCAGAUUAGGAAUGUUGCUGCUAUUGCUGGUAAUAUCGUUACAGCUUCCCCGAUAUCGGAUCUGAAUCCUGUAUUGCUGGCUUUGGGUGCUGUAUUGAAUGUUGCGUCAAGGAAGGGAGGGUCGAGGAGGAUUGCCAUGAGUGAGUUCUUCUUGGCGUAUCGAAAGACGGCAUUGCAGAGUAGUGAGGUGCUUGUUUCUGUCUAUGUGCCAUAUACCAAAGAAACAGAAUUCGCUCGUGGCUUCAAACAAGCUCGAAGGCGAGACGACGAUAUCGCUAUCGUGAAUGCUGGUCUACGAAUUGACUUACUGCCAGCGUGGUAUGGCUUUAUUGUCAAAGAUGCCUGUUUCUCGUUUGGUGGCAUGGGUCCUAUUUCCAUGCUUGCCAAGAAGGCUGCUGCUUUGACUAUUGGAAGAAAAUGGGAGCCUGCUUUGAUCAAACAGAUUCAGGCUGCUUUGAUGGAGGACAUGCCAAUGACGUAUACCACUCCCGGUGCACAAGUCGAGUUCCGAAAGAUGCUUGCAGUCAGUUUCAUUACGAAAUUUGAAAUCCAUGUGAAUCAUGAAAUCGUGAAACGAUACCCUGGAUGCAAAAUACAUGUUGAUGAUCGAGCUGUAUCUGCCAUUGAAGAGAUUGUGAGACCACUGUCUAGUGGUGUUCAGGAUUACGAAACAGCCAGUCCCGAACACGUUGUAGGCAACAGCCAAAUGCAUUUAUCAGCACUCAAGCAGACUACUGGUGAAGCUAUAUAUGUUGAUGAUAUGCCAACGUUUACAGGAGAGCUUUAUGCUGCUCCAGUUAUCAGUACGAUUGCGCAUGGAUAUAUCAAGUCUGUUGAUGCAUCAGCAGCAAUAGAAGCUGAAGGUGUUGCAGGAUACUUUGAUGCCAAAGAUGUUCCUGGAUAUCGAGAUGGAAUGCUUGAUGAACAUCCAUUGAGUCAUACUGCGUUUCAUAAUCCGAAUCCUAAUGUCAUGGGAACUGUUUUCAAAGAUGAAGAACUGUUUGCAACAAAACAGAUUUUACAUUUUGGACAAAUGAUUGGCAUAGUUGUAGCUGAAACCGAAUCAUUGGCUCGUGCAGCAGCUCGACUAGUCAAAGUCACUUAUGAGAAGCUGCCACAUGUAUUGACCAUCGAAGAUGCUAUUGAAGCAGACUCAUUCUUCCCAAUCAAUCGUGGCAUCACUUCCGGAUCGUAUGCUGGCAAAGAGUCUGAGCUGCCAGUGUCUGCUGCUUCUCAUGUGGUGGAAGGGAGUGUUAGAACUGGUGCUCAAGAGCACUUCUACCUGGAAACACAAUGCUCCCUCGUCGUUCCCAAACGCGAAGACGGUGAAUUCGAAGUAUACGCAUCAACCCAAAACCCAAGUGAAACUCAACAUCUCAUGGCACACGUCAUGGGAAUCCAGGCCAAUAAAGUCACUGUGCGUGUAAAACGACUCGGUGGUGGGUUUGGUGGUAAAGAAACUCGAUCACAUAUGAUUACAUGUGCUUUGGCUGUCGCUGCGAGAAAAUUGGGUGUACCUGUGCGAUGUAUGCUGACGAGAGAAGAGGAUAUGAGUAUGACUGGUAUGAGACAUCCCAUGCUGGGCAACUACAAAGCUGGGUUUACUGAUGCUGGGAGGUUGGUGUUUUUGGAGGUGGACUUGUUUUCGAAUGGAGGGUUUUCGAUGGAUUUGAGUACAACUAUUCUGGAACGAGCCAUUACUCACGCUGACAAUGUGUAUAAUGUGCCGAAUGUCAAAGUCACUGGUCGUGUUUGCAAGACGAAUUUGGUCACGAAUACUGCCUUCCGUGGAUUUGGUGGUCCACAAGGUCUGCUUGUUAGCGAGACUAUGAUUACUCAUGUUGCUGAUUAUCUCAAAAAGCCUGUUGAAGAGAUAAGACGAAUCAACUUUUACAACAACAACGACAUGGUGCCAUUCAACCAACCGCUUCACAACUUCCACAUUGACAAACUAUGGGCUCAGCUAAUUAAAACAUCCGACUUUCAUGCACGUCUCAAAUCCGUCAACGAAUACAAUGCCCAUCACAAGUAUCGUAAACGAGGUAUCGUCCUCCUGCCAACCAAAUUCGGAAUAGCAUUCGCUGCCAAAUUCCUGAAUCAAGGUGCCGGAUUGAUUCACAUUUAUAAUGAUGGAUCAGUGUUGAUUACUCAUGGAGGCACAGAGAUGGGACAAGGAUUGCAUACAAAGAUGGUACAAAUCGUGUGUGAGAAUCUGAAUGUGCCAUUAGAGUAUGUGCAUUUGGAUGAGACGAGUACGAGGACUGUUAUUAAUACUAGUGCAACGGCUGCUAGUAUGUCGUCAGAUAUCAACGGUGCCGCACUCCAAGACGCUUGCAACCAACUCAACGAACGUCUCGAAAAGUAUCGAUAUGCUCAUCCAACCAAAUCAUGGCCUGAAAUCAUCAACAUGGCAUACUUUGAUCGUGUGAAUCUCACCGCUAAUGGAUUCUUCAAAGUACCGAAUGUUGGAUAUGAUAUGAUAACAAAUACUGGUAUCUUGUAUCGAUACUUUACGUAUGGUGCUGCAUGCUGUGAGGUGGAAGUCGAUACUUUGACUGGGGAUCAUAUGGUGUUGAGGGCUGAUGUUUGUAUGGAUAUUGGACGAAGUAUCAAUCCUGCUAUUGAUAUUGGGCAGAUUGAAGGAGGCUUUACACAAGGCCAAGGCUGGGCAACUCUCGAAGAAACUCUCGUAUCACCCGCAACAGGUGCUCUCAUAACACGGGGACCUGGCGCAUACAAAAUCCCAGGUUUCAAAGACAUCCCCGCAGACUUCCGUAUAUCAGUCAUGAAAAACUCGCCAAACCCAGUCGCAGUGCAUUCAUCCAAAGCAGUUGGUGAACCUCCAUUGUUUAUGGGAGCGAGUGUUUAUUUCGCUAUUCGUGAAGCCAUCAAGGCUGCACGCAUUGAGAAUGGGUUGGGUAGUGGGUGGUUUAGGUUGGAUUGUCCUAGUACGAGUGAACGUAUUAGGUUGGCGUGUGGUGAUACACAGGAUGUUAUGGCGUUGGUUAAGACUGUUGGGAAGCCUGGGGAGAGGCCUUGGGGUGUUCCUAGUUAG